GCGGCUGGGGUCUCACUGCAGAGAUGAAGCUGCUCCUGGCCCUGGAGGGGGUCCUGGCCACAUUCAUCCUGGCCUGGUCCUGUGAGGGCACCGCCCCAGCUUCGCCCAGGACUGUGGAGACCUCAGUCCUUCGGGGCUGCAUAACUGAGGCCAAGUUGCUGGUAGAUGCUGCCUACAAUCAGACAGAGAGGAGCAUCAAGCAGCACUUUCGCAGUGGCUCGGCCAGCCCCAUGGACCUUUUGUCCUACUUCAAACAACCGGUGGCAGCCACCAGGACAGUCAUUCGGUCUGCCGAUUAUAUGCACGUGGCCUUGGGGCUGCUGGAGGAGAAGUUACAGCUCCAGGGGUCCAGAUCCUUCAACGUCACUGAGGUGCUAACGAAACCCCAGCUGUGGCUGCUGUCCCAGGCCAGCGGCUGUGCUCUCCAGGACAAAGUCGAGAAGUGCGGUGACAAGUACCGAACCAUCACCGGGAGAUGCAACAACAAGAAGAAACCCUGGCUGGGGGCCGCCAACCGGGCCCUGGCUCGCUGGCUGCCAGCCGAGUAUGAGGACGGGCUGUCGCUCCCCUUUGGCUGGACCCCCGGCAAGAAGCGCCACGGCUUCCUCCUCCCCCUGGUGCGGGCUGUCUCCAACCAGAUCGUGCGCUUCCCUAGCCAGAAGCUGACCUCCGACCGGGGCCGGUCCCUCAUGUUCACGCAUUGGGGCCAGUUCAUCGACCACGACCUGACCUUUGCCCCUGAGUCCCUAGCCAGGGUGUCCUUCACCUCAGGUGUCGACUGUGAGAAGACCUGUGCCCAGUUGCCCCCCUGCUUCCCCAUCAAGAUCCCACCCAACGACCCUCGCAUCAGGAACCAGCGUGACUGCAUCCCCUUCUUCCGCUCAGCACCAUCAUGCCCCCAAAACAAGAACAAAAUCCGCGACCAGAUCAACGCACUCACCUCUUUCUUGGACGCCAGCAUGGUGUAUGGCAGCGAGGUCGCCCUCUCCCUGCGCCUCCGCAACCGGACCAACUACCUGGGGCUGCUGGCCGUCAACCAGCGCUUCCAGGACAACGGCCGGACCCUGCUGCCCUUCAACAACCUGCACGAAGACCCCUGUCUCCUCACCAACCGCUCCGCGCGCAUCCCCUGCUUCCUGGCAGGUGAUACCCGGGUCUCUGAAACCCCACAACUGACAGCCCUGCACACCCUCUUUGUGCGAGAGCACAACCGGCUGGCAACUGAACUGAGACGCCUGAAUCCCCGGUGGAACGGAGACAAGCUGUACCAGGAGGCUCGGAAGAUCGUGGGGGCCAUGGUCCAGAUCAUCACCUACCGGGACUUUCUGCCCCUGGUUCUGGGCAAGGCCAGGGCCAGGAAAACCCUGGGGCCCUACAAGGGGUACUCCUCCAAGACAGACCCCCGUGUGGCCAACGUCUUCACCCUGGCCUUCCGCUUUGGCCACACCACGCUCCGGCCCUUCUUGUUCCGCUUGGACAGCCAGUACCAGGCCUCGGCACCCAACUCAUGGGUCCCUCUCAGCUCUGCCUUCUUCGCCAGCUGGCGAAUCGUGCACGAAGGUGGCAUCGACCCCAUCCUCCGAGGCCUCAUGGCCACCCCUGCCAAGCUGAACCGUCAAGAUUCCAUAUUAGUGGAUGAGCUGCGGGACCGGCUGUUUCAGCAAGUGAAAAGGAUCGGACUGGAUCUGGCGGCUCUCAACAUGCAACGCAGCCGGGACCAUGGCCUCCCAGGGUACAAUGCUUGGAGGCGCUUCUGUGGGCUCUCCCAGCCCCGGAAUUUGGCCCAGCUUAGCCGGGUGCUGAAAAACCAGGCUUUGGCGAGGAAGUUCCUGAAUCUGUAUGGGACACCUGACAACAUUGACAUCUGGGUGGGGGCUGUUGCAGAGCCUCUGUUGCCGGGGGCCCGAGUGGGGCCUCUUCUGGCCUGUCUUUUUGAGAAGCAGUUUCUAAGAGUCCGAAAUGGAGACAGGUUCUGGUGGCAGAAACAUGGUGUUUUCACCAAGAGACAGCGCAAUGCCCUGAGCCACAUUUCCUUGUCUCGAAUUGUGUGUGACAAUACUGGGAUCACCACCGUUCCGAGGGACAUCUUCAAGGCCAAAAUCUAUCCCCAGGGCUUUGUGCCCUGCACCCGCAUCCCCCGUCUGAAACUGUCGGCCUGGAGAGGCACAUGAGGCUUCUGAAGGAGUCCAUCUUCGGCCUCCAGCCUUGGGACAAGGGAUCCUGGGGAAGACGACAAGGCUACCUUCUCCCCCGGAGCAACUGCUUCCUGCUGAUGCCUUUGCUGGCUAUGGCUCAGAGAUGGCUCUCUGGCUGGGAGCGAUGGCCGGGGCUCCCAGCAGCAGCUGUGAACCCUCCUGCCGCGUCCUGGAAGCCUCUUAUGGAGCAGGUCACGAAUCAGCUCCAGGUACAAGGGCUGGUGAGCCAAGCCUUGAGGCUCAGGCAAGAGUCAUCUGGAGGGUUUCCAGCCAUGUUCGUCUAUUUCCCAGCCUGUCCCUGACCCUGCCUAAAACUGGGAAGCCACAGAGUCCCAGCCUCCAGCCACCCCACGGCCUUUCUCUGGAGUCUGCAGGCUGGGCGGCACACUCUGCUUCUACCAAUAAAGCACCGCUGAGGGCAGAA